AACGUCUCGGUGGGGCUCCUGGGGGCCCUCGCCUACUUCCUCACCUACGUGGCCUCCUUCCACCUCGCCUACCUGUUCACCGUCCGCAUCCACGGUGGGCUGGGCUUCCUCGGAGGAGUUUUGGUGGCCCUCAAGCAGACAAUGGGGGACAGCACUGUCCUGAAGGUGCCCCAAAUCAGAAUGAAGGCUGUUCCCAUGCUUCUGCUCCUUUUCCUGGCUCUGCUGCGGGUGGCCAACCUGGUGCAUGGCAUCCUGGUGAAGGUGAAGGUCUGCCGCAAGACCGUCAAACGCUACGACGUGGGUGCCCCAUCAUCCAUCACCAUCAGCCUGCCAGGGACAGACCCCCAGGAUGCUGAGAGGAGAAG